GCCGCCAUGGAAUCAAUUGUUCGCAAAUCUUAGAGCUGUUCAGAAGCGAGGCACAGGUGGUAAAAGUGAAGCCUUCCAACUGGUCAAAAGAUCUUGGAAAAAUGAUGUUCGGUCAUAUUACGUUUGAUCUAUAAAGUUAGUAUCUGGUGUUAAACUAACGAGUGAUAAAAAGUAAGUUCACAAACUGUCCUGAGCUGAAGAUAAGUUUAACCGCUAACCGGUGCAAGUAUCGAGUCCGAUAUGUGUCCGCCGCAGCAGCAAUCGUAUCCGAACAUCAAUGAUCUACCAUUGGAAGUGCUGGAGCACAUUCUGAGCUACCUGUGUCUCGCCGAUCGGAAGGAUGCAGCCCUCGUGUGUCGCUACUGGGAACAAUUGGCGCUGUCCUAUCGCGCCAUGGAAAAGGUGAAGUUAUCACUUAAGAUGAACCUAGAGUAUUCAGCACAAGUUUUACAGCAAAGUUGGCGGCCCUAUCGGGUGUUGGAAAUCGAUCUACGCGAGUUACGAUGCAGUGAGUUCGACUUGGAGAUAAUUUUGAUGAUUCUGGAUAGGGUGAGCGAUUCUUUGGAGGCACUGCAUUUGUAUGCGGAAUGUACUGCUUCGCAGUUGAGGCAAAUUGUUUGCAGGACGCCGAAGUUGAAGGAACUCCGAGUUUUUCUUGUAAAAAGCGACGACGGUGAUGUGAUCAAGACGGCAGAUUUCCCCGUUUUGCCGGGGUUGAAAAGUUUCCAGAUAGUUGACAACAUGUUGGAUGUUGCAGAAGUCGAUUUGAUCAAGUUUGCUCCAAAUUUGUGUCACCUGAGCUUGGAAUCGGUGGAAUGCCGCGAAAAGUUUCGCUGGUCCCGGGUGCUUCAGUCCGUUGGACCCCAGCUAAAAUCGCUUAAAAUUGUUAACAAAACUAACAUCUGGGAUUGUACGGACGAGUUUAAUUUUCGACAGCUGAAAACACUCGAAAUUCAGGAGUACAACUCCGAGGAAUGGAGUGAGGAUAUGUUGAAAAAAAUUCUCACUGGAGCGCCGAAUUUAAGCUCGUUGUCGCUUAACUUUCAAAUUACACGAUCGUUGCUGGAAGUAAUCUGCUGCCUGCCGUUAACUAAUCUGAAAAUAUGCGUGGCCAGUAAGUUGGGAAAGAGCUCCUUCCGUUGUUUGGAGAAGUUGACCAAUUUGAAGGUUCUCCACGUGAAGGGAUAUUUGAAUUGCUCGAUGCUAGCGGACUGCAAGCCACUUCCCAGCGUUAGGGAAUUCCAUCUGACGGUAGACACUUUUCCUAUUGACCACGAAUCGAUCAUAAAACGACUGAGUCUGAUAUUGCCACAGCUGCGGACCUUUCGCGUGAGCUGCAACUGCAGUCAGCUGCGUGGUAAUGAUUUCGUCCGGCAGAUUUGCAAAUCCUUCGAGGUUCGGUCGACUUACUAUUUUCAACUUGUUAACUGAUGCAUGUUCUGUGUAGAUAGGAAAAUGGUGUAAUAACGACGGUUCUGUGUUUUAGGGACGAAGAAUCGGAUAAAAUUGUAGAACAAAUGUGAGCAGCCUGUUUGCCGUUAAGAUAGGAUAUCCUUUCGAUAUGAAAAUAUAUUGAAUAUUUUCAAUAAAUUUCCCCAAUAUUUUAUGGUAUUUUUUUUCAAAAUUA